AAUACUUCCGGUUAACGCUGUUCUUUGGCGGGUAACAAGAAAUGAAAACGUUUCUGAUUGUUCACCCCCGUGUCGAGCCACGAUGUCCACGCCAGAUCAGACCGGCGCCGACGGCCGGCGGCCGCCGCCAGUCAAAGUGCUGUCCGGCCAGCUGCGGAGCUCCGGGGGCUCCACAGGCAGCGGGGAGGGCUACGUGAUCAGGCUGGGAAAGGGUCGCUCUCUGCGGGCGUCGCUCGUGUGGAUGCAGGGCACCGUCCUGGAGGUCCAGCUGGACAGGAACUCCGCGCUGCUGAUGGAUGAGACAGGCACCUUCAUCGUGCAGAACGUAAACAACAUCCCCAAAGGAAAGCCGUGUUUGAUCCAAGGCAAAUACGUGAUGGUGAUGGGCGUCAUCCAGGCCGUCUCCCCUGAGCCGGUCAUCCGCGCCGUGAAGAUGGCAGACCUCUCCGAGCGGGCCGCACUUCACAGACAGAUGUGGAAGCUGGAGGUGGAGGACCUGCAGCAGGUCCUGGCCUGAGCGCAGGCCAGCAGAUGGAGAUGCUGUGGUCGUUGACAGCUGCCACGCUGCAUGAGCGGACUGAACUCCAGUACCAGAUAUCGGGCGUGUAAUCUUGGAGGCGGGAGACGAAGAGACUGUAUUUUAAGGAAGCACUUGUUUUUGUGAGGCCUUAAAAAGCCAUUUUAUCAUCCAGGCGGUUUGCACUUUAGUUCAUCUUUGUAUUAAGGAGCUUGACAUGUGGAUUCAUGAACAGAUUAGUUCAAAUAAUUGUA